UCAGCCCUCCCCAUCCACCCUCUGUAUCGAUGAAGUUGUUUCAAAGAUGGCGGAUUUCCUGCCAUCCCGCUCCGUUUUAUCUGCAUUUUUCCCCAACUGCCUCCUUACAAGCGGCGAGGCAGAGCAGCUGCGGAAAUCUAAAGAGAUAGAUAAGUGUAUUCAUCGAGACAAGACUUAUGUUAAAAGGCUGGUAAAGAUCUUAUUGCUCGGGGCGGGAGAAAGCGGCAAGUCCACUUUCCUCAAGCAAAUGCGUAUUAUUCAUGGGCAGGACUUCGAUCAGAAGGCCAAAGAAGAAUUCAGGGCUACGAUUUUUAGUAAUGUUAUUAAAGGCAUUCGAGUGUUGGUGGAUGCUAGAGAGAAACUGCACAUCCCAUGGGGUAACCCGUCCAACCAGCGGCAUGGAAACACUAUGAUGGCAUUUGACACUCGGUCGGCGAUGGCUCACGGUCACGGCAUGGUGGAGCCCAAAGUUUUUCAGCACUACCUGCCAUCAAUCAAGGCCCUGUGGGCAGACCAGGGCAUCCAGAAUGCCUACGAUCGGCGCAGGGAGUUCCAGCUGGGGGAGUCGGUCAAGUAUUUCCUGGACAAUUUGGAAAAGCUCGGACAGUCAGACUACCUCCCCAGCCAGCAGGACAUCCUUCUGGCCAGAAAACCCACCAAGGGCAUCCACGAGUAUGAUUUUGAAAUUAAGAAUGUGCCUUUCAAAAUGGUGGACGUGGGUGGGCAGCGCUCUGAGAGACGGCGCUGGUUUGAAUGUUUUGACUCGGUCACAUCCAUCCUCUUCCUUGUGUCCUCCUCUGAGUACGACCAGGUGCUCAUGGAAGACCGGCAGACUAACCGACUGAGCGAGUCACUAAACAUCUUCGAGACCAUAGUCAACAACCGGGUCUUCAGCAAUGUCUCCAUCAUCCUGUUCCUCAACAAGACGGACCUGCUGGGGGAGAAGGUGAAGCAAGUGUCCAUCAAAGACUACUUCCCCGAGUUCUCUGGUGACCCCCUGAGUUUGGCAGAUGUCCAGCGCUUCCUGGUGGAAUGCUUUCGCAAAAAGCGUCGCGAGCAGCAACAGAAGCCUCUGCAGCAGCAGAAGCCUCUGUACCACCACUUCACCACAGCCAUCAACACUGAAAACAUCCGGCUGGUGUUCCGUGAUGUCAAGGACACCAUCCUGCACGACAACCUCAAGCAGCUGAUGCUGCAGUGAGGGAGCGCGGCAGGGAAGGGCGGAGGCAAAGGGAACAUGGCUUGCAGUGUCAGCAGCCAUAGGAGGAGCGGACAGUGUCACGGCUUUCACCCACCCAGGAUUUGGCUCUGCCCCUCACUGUUGAACUUGACUGUGUAUUAAAGCAACCACUACUAUGGCCACUCCCCCCUGUGCUUCUCUUUGCUUAACAAGCGUGUUCACUGUAACUUAUAACAGCCCACUGUGGCUGAGUUCUUCCUGCCCAGCCCUUAGACCCAUGUAAAUGACCUGUAAUCCUCACUCUCUCAGGCCACGCCCACACUCCUGAGCAUCCUUUAUAGUGUCCCUGUAUCCUGCUCCCACACUGGAGAGGGGGCGGGGUGAUCUAGCCCAAUAUCAGUGACUGUUACCAAGGUGUUGUUGUAAAUUUGCUCUUCACUGGGGCUUGGUGAUGAGAUCACUGUGCCUUGGUGUGGAUUUCUACUUUUCUAAUCAUUUUGUUUUCUAUUGUAUGAACAUACUGUUUUAACCUAUGCAUUUUUCGAUCUCGUGGGGGUUUACACUUUGACAUUUGGACUGUUACAGUUAUUCAAAGAUGUCGGGGUGCUGCUGACUAAGUGUGCAGACACAAACACGCCGCUUGUUGGAAGCUGGUCCGGGGUUUAGGGUGACCCACAGUACUCGUGCUGUUUCUCAGGGCACCAUUUCUAAACCACUACUGUGAUUUGAUACAGUGCAGAACUUGUGUACCUUACCCUUGCACCAGUCAAACGGGUUUCCCCAGUAUUUGCCACAAAACUGGCCGGAGUUGUACUUCAGAAGCAAAACUCUGGCCGUCGACCUCAGCCUUAUUUUACUGCGAGUGAUUUGACCCGUAUGCUUGCACAUAUGCUAACAUGUGAUUUGUGAAUGCUGCCUCAUUGACAGUGGUUAAAGAAUAACACUAAGGGAAAAAUGUAAAGCGGCUUCUCUCAAACUGAUGGCAGAUGUUGCAGCGCGGAUUGAGCCCCUGGGUUUUAUUCAGUGGUACAGAGAGAGGAUUUUUUUCUCCUCGAUAGAAUUAUCACCUUAAGUGUUGCGUAUUGUACUGCAGGUGAUGAGGUGGCCAUGUUGCCUUUUCUCUUAAUCAGAUCUUCAUGUUGCAGGCCGCCUCUCACCACAGGAACAUAUUCCUUAGCAGUCUGUGCAGCUAGUUUCUGCUGGCUGCUCUCGUUUUGUAUAAAGUUCACAUGUCCAGUCUAACGCAUGUGUCCCUCACACCGACCUAAAGCUUGUUGCAGCCGCUCUAACUUUCCACACAGUAUAAUGGUAAGUGUUAUUUUGCUACGUGGUGUUUUUGGUUUGGGGUUUUUAAGCAGAAGCAGGCAUCUAUUGGGCUGUCCUAUGUUGUUUAGGGGGCUUUCCUGUUUCCCAGCUUCCUGUGUCUUUACAACACGAAUGCCACAAUCCUGUACGUGUCCCUGCAAAUAACUGGCUCCACUGGUCCAUGCUAACCAGUUGUAAAAGUAGUCUUGUUGUCUUUUUGGGGGUGAGCAGUUUGAGCUCCGCACUGUAGACUUUUGAACAAUGGGAACAUUCUGUGUGCGUCAACGUGGGUAUUUUUUUGUACUUUCUAAUUGUGAUAAUUGCUAAUGUUGAAUAAGUAAAGAAUACUUAAUGUUAAUCACUGUUAAUAAGUGUUGUGCACAGACUUUUGUAACUGUGAGCUGCGAAGCUUCAAAGGGACACGAGGCACACUGAGAAACUGGCUGAAAAAGGUUUUGCUGAUGUGUUUUUGGGGCUCGGUGAUUUGAUCACAGAACUGUGCAUUUACAAAUACUAUCAUUAACUGUCUUUGUCUUAUCAGAUCUACACCUGCAGUGUUGACUGAACUCAAAUAAAGAUUCCUCAAAUACAACAGGUGACAAAAACCUGUGUGUGCUGCCAGAACGAUUUCACACUGUGCCGGGGGCGGGGCUUGGAAGAGACCAUUCCCAUCAGGAUGAUGGAUGAUCACUGUCAAUGACUAAUGAGUGACCCAUCACUAAAUGAGGCACUGUCAAAGUUUGAUUUGUGGGCGUGUCAUGUUCAGCUCACUGAUCGUGCUCCAUUGAAGUGAUUGUGAGUAGUGAGCUGUGACUGCAGUGUUUGCAGCUUAGUCAGCGUCUGCUUCACACUGACAGCUCCUGACCUCAGCUCCUCUGUCACAAGAAAGCUGCUGCCAGUCACUGUUUGUGUGUCUGUGCCAGUGUGUCAGUGUUGGCAAGGAGCAGUGAAGUCACAUGACUUAUUCUCUGUGUGUGUGUUUUCCAACACGGUUAAAAAAGACAAAGCUGACAAACAGGACCAACUACCUGUGUGUGUGUGUGUGUGUGCAUGUGCGUGCGCGUGUGUGUGUGUGCCAUAUCUGACUCGAGCUUCAGCAGCUGAAGCUUCUGUGUGUGUGGAUGAGUUUCUCAUGUCACUGAAGCCUGUUGUUGAAGUGUUAUCAGGACAGACCACCACCCUGACUGUGAUUAUUGUCACACAGAAGCACGAGUGUGUUUGUCAGGACACUUUUCAUUAUAAACUAAGACAGUUGUGCCAUGUCUACAAAGACACAUUAACAUUAAGCCAAGCAAACUGAGCUCUCUUCGUCUCAUUUAUCACUUUGUGCCUGUUUGCAUCCAUUCUUUACGUUACUGCCAUCUUGUGGCCACAGUCAGCUGUUGUUGCUGAAAGCAGCCAUUGUUUUCUGCAGAUAGUGAAGCUCUCUCAGUCACAGGGGCAUUUUCAUCUCCCAGUAAAAAUGGCUGUACCUGAGAGGCUUUCUUGCACUGAUUUGUGGAUAGACCUCUGGUCUUUCCCUGUGCGUCAUGGCAACAGUGGCUCUAAUAACUGUCCUGCUGAGUCGGGCACAAGGAGGUUUGCUAACCCAAGCUGAAUUCAGUCAUUAAUAAAGUCAGUCCCACCUGUUUUUGGUGGGUUUUUCUGCUCUGACAAACCAUGAAAAGCACUACAAUUAUUGCUACAUGUACAAAAAAAUGCAGUGUGUUAAACUUCAAGUACAACAGCUCAAGUCGAGGUGUGCCUGAAACUGUGGGUGUAACUUAGAUCUGUAGAUAAAGCUUUGGUGUUUCACAGUAAACUGACGGGAGAGCAGCGUGGGAGGCAAGCUGCUUUCAGUUUUCAUGGUCUCUGCUUGUCUUUUUGUAAAAGUCAUUACUGAUCUACAGCAAGGCUAGGCUGUGCCCGAUGAGCCCAUCGUUGAAUUCAAGGCUAAAGUUCUUACCAACAGCUACUUUCAAAAAAGUGUUGGAGCAGUCUGAUCUAAAGACAUGCAGGCAGCAUGGAUACUAUCAAGGGUCAGAGUCGCUUUUCGUUUGAAUUCAUACUUUCUGCAUCCUGCUUACUGCUCAUUGGCUGAAAACACAUCAUGGUUGGUAUUCAUAUACUUUGACCCGGACGCUGCUAGGAUCCUAAACAUCGGAGGCUUACCCUACCUCUGAUAUCUUUUAGACUUUAUUAUGGUAGUUCUUAAAAAUGAUUUACUAUAUUUUAUAUAAAAUGCCAAACAUUGUCACAGCUCUAGCAGGGCUUUGUGUCUCGUCGUACCCAUCUCGCCAGAGCACAGCUGGGGUUGAUAAAGCAAUCAGCCACCCAGAAGUACCAGUAUAUAAGCUGUCAGUGAGUGGCCCAGUCCUGGGUGGUGAGCUGGUUGGUGUUUCCUUUGAGCUGUUAGUGAGUAGCUGGUACCUGCCAGCAGCACAGCUUACCCUCUGGAUAUUUUAGUGUAAGGAUGACUUUGGUUGAACUAGCAGUGUGGAGGCCUCUUUGAGUCCCUUGAAUAAGACUUUGCUCUGCUCUUUUCAUCUCCUGGUCAUACUCCUCUCAUCGUCUAAUCCUUAUUCUCAGGCAUGUUUACCUAAAGCUUGAUGUGACAGAAUCAUGUACCAACCCAGGCCACAAGAUGGCAGCGUGAAGGCUGGAUGCACACUGACAGGCCAGGAGCUUUAUGACUGCUUUACUUUGGUACGUUUCAAUUAUGUCUAUUGUUAGAUUUGACAAGGCAAGCAGUGCUUGUCCUGAUUACUGUCUUUAUGGCAAGCUCUAAAGACACAAAAUAUGUUUACAGCCAAACAGGUAAGUUACAGUAAAAAAGGAGAAAAGCAGGCUGACGUCCGUCAGAGCAGACACAUGGUUUCAUGUUUACAGCUGUCCCCUGAUGUUCAUUUGUUUAAUUUGGCCUAAACGACAAAGACACGACACACAGUGCAGUGAAACUGUGGCUCAGUGUGUCACAGAUGGCAGCUCUAACCUGGAACUGGAAACACUUUCUAAGCACUGACCUGAGUUUGGGUCUGAGCUCCGUCUGCUGCAGCAGCAACACAAGGAGCUGCUGUUGGUCGUACCAAUCAGCACGGACACUGACCUUAGGUGGGACCUGCUGGAGGGCUGCUCACCUCUGAUUGGUUAUAGCUGCUAACUAUAUUGAGGUUAUAUUGAACAGCUGGUGUACACAUUUGAAAGCACGUACUGCUUCAGUGAUCUUCUCGUGUGAAACAUUCAAAACUGAUCAAACGUAAGGAUUAGAAGUGAAGAUUCAGUUUUAUUUGUACAGGACAAAAUAACAACAACAGUUGUCUCAAGACCCCACAAUGAUAGGUUUCCAGGACAUAGACCAAGCCGAGUCGAUUUCACUUUGAGUUUACUGAAAUUGAAGUCCUCGGCUCUGAAUUUUGAUCUGAAUUUUCUAAAUGUUUCUAGAUUAGGUUGAUAAAUGUGUGGUAGACGGGUCUCUGUGUCAGAAGUCUCUAGGCUGUCAUGUGUUUAUCUGUGCUUUGGAUUCAUUCAGAGACCACCUGCUGACUCCUGAGCAAAGAACAUAUCACAAAGUGUUCACUCAGGCCUGAAAGAAAUCCUCAUUUUUAAAUAGGUUUUUGAAAUGUUUUUGUUUAGUUCUGGUUUUAUUUUUAAUUCAUUUAUUCAUUUUGUUUCAGACUGUCUCCCGUUGUUGUUGCUGUUAACAUGUUAAAGUCAGUGUGCUUUAAACAAGCAGGAUGUGGUGCUUGUGAUGGUUUAAAAGAGGGUUCCAGCAUUAGAGUAAUUCUCUGUUUAAAGCAUGUUGAGGCCUGAAGUGUCCGAACCAAACACAACCUUAAAUUUCUCUUUGUGCUCAGGGCCUCAUAGUUUGGGUGAUAUGAGGCCCUAGUGAUGGGUGAUAACAUGAUUAAAGCAUUUUAUUGAGGGGAAAAAUGUCGACAUUCACACUCCAAUCGAUGCAACAUGGGGUCAGUAUCAUGCCUCCACCUCCGGAGCUACAGCCACCCUGUAAAAAAAAUAAAUAAAUAAAAAUAAACCCUGAAGCCGUGAACAAACUCAUCAUAGCCAAAAACACCUGCAGGGUGUAAAAGUAAAGCUGAGCUUCAUUCAUGUAACAAGAAUCGUUGAGGAAAUUUAGAGCAUUAAAUAAAAGAAGUCAACUGACA